CGAACUCUACGGCAGAACAAAAACAAUGCCUAUGCGCGGCACGAGGAAUGAGAAUGUAGUAGCGAUUCCAGUUCGCAUUGUGCCCUCCACUCUUGACAUUUGCAAUGUCUGCACCAACCAUCGGCCGGUCGUUCUCGAGAGUGCUUCAAUACCAGCAACUACGAACAGCUGGGUUACCACGGCCACUGUUCUACCGCCAAUACCAUGCGUCAAUACGUCGAGAUGUGGUCAAGCCGUUCCUGUUAGCAGACAUUGGCGAGGGUAUCACCGAAUGUCAACUCAUCCAAUGGUUUGUACAGCCUGGUGCCCGCGUAGAACAGUUCGACAAGCUCUGCGAGGUCCAGUCCGACAAGGCGAGCGUCGAGAUCACCAGCCCCUUCGAUGGAGUCAUCAAAAAGCUGCAUUACGAGCCGGACGACAUGGCAAUUACUGGGAAGCCGCUGGUAGAUAUUGAUAUCCAGCAGGAACUGAGCGAGGCGGAUGAAGCCAAGCUCGGUGACGUUGGCGACAAAGGGGAGCAAUCCAGUGCCAACAAUGCUCAGGAAGCUGAGCAGGCUACGCAGCAGCAAGAGAUUGAAGCCGAAGGUGUAAGUGGAGAAGAUGCUGUGGCUGCAGAGAGCCAGGAAACAUCAGGGCAGGAAGCACGUCGAGAGAGCAAAGGUACACACGGUUCUCUGGCCACGCCAGCAGUGCGACACCUGAUCAAAGAGCACAAGCUAGACAUUGAAGAUAUCGAUGGCACAGGAAGAGAUGGCAGAGUGCUCAAGGAGGACGUGCAGCGUCACAUAUCGCAGGGAGACAAGACAGCUUCACAGCCGUCUGCCACAAAAGCCGUGGCAAGCAAAGAGGACCGCAAAGUCCCUCUCACACCUGUCCAAAACCAGAUGUACAAGGCCAUGACGCGCUCGCUGAACAUUCCACACUUCUUGUACAGCACGUCUGCAGACAUGACGGCCAUAACUUCUCUGCGCAAGAAGCUCAAUGCUUCAGCAGAACCCGGUCAGAAGAUCACUCACCUCGCAUUCAUCAUGAAGGCGGUCAGCCUGGCGUUCUCCAGGCAUCCCAUGCUCAAUGCUGCACUCAACACCAAGGACCCGAAGAAGCCGGAGCUGACGUACAAGGGCAGCCACAACUUCGGUAUUGCGAUUGACACGCCCAAAGGUCUCUUGGUGCCGGUCAUCAGCAACGUUCAGGACUUGAGUAUAGCAGAGAUCGCUGCAAAGAUGAGGCAGUUGUCCGAGGCUGCACGAAAUAAUAAGCUUGCACCUGGAGACUUCAGCGGCGCAACGUUUACGGUGUCGAACAUCGGUUCUGUCGGGGGAGGUGUUGUUGCGCCAGUGAUUUCGGAGCCGCAAGUCGGAAUUGUAGGCGUCGGGAGAAGCAAGAUUGUGCCCGCAUUCAACGAGCAUGAUGAGCUGAUCAAGAAGGAGGAGCUGGUGCUGAGCUGGAGCGCCGACCAUCGUGUGGUGGACGGGGCGGAAUGUGCGCGGUGUGCUGAGCGAGUGAAGACAUUACUCGAAGACCCAUCAUCGAUGUUGGUCGAGCUGCGAUAAGUAGUGCUCUCAUCAAACGCAC